CAGCAAACUGGACUAUAAGAAGAGUGAGCAGAGGACAGGACGACACCAUCCGGUGCACAUCCUCCUCCUGCCGUCCAGGUCCAGUCAGCAGCCAUGAAGUUCACUCUCAUCGCAACCCUUGUCGUGCUUGCCCUGGCACAAGGAAGCCUUGCACAGGAUGCCACUGACCUGGAAAAGCUGACUCAGUACUUCGAGGACAUGAAAGCCAAGAUGACUGAGAUGAUCCGCAACCAGGAUGUGGCCACCCAGGCUCAGGCCCUCCUUGAGCAGGGCAGGACCAACCUGGAGCCCCUGACCAGCCAGGUCCAGGAGCAGCUGAGGACCAUCACCACCAAACUGGAGGAGCAGGUCAAACCUCUGGCUGAAAACGUGCAGGCCCAGAUGCAGCCCAUGAUCGACCAGUUCCAGCAGGAGAUGCAGAACAUCUUCAACAAAGUGAUGGAGCAGACCAAGGCCAUCGGCAACUAA